AUGGCUGGAGAUGCUAUUCUAUUAACUUUUUUAGAAGAGAAGAAGUCAUCAUUUAACUCGAUCUCUGACAUUCCUUUAUAUGUUUGCACAAUUUCAACUGAUUCAAAAGAAUUCCUUGUAUGCAAUAUUGAAAAUAAUAAAAUUUGUGCAAAAAUUCAAAAUCCUUUGCCAUUUAAUAUUAUAACUAAAGGACUUAUAUGUGAGUUAAACGGAUCUCAGCUCUUUUACUUUGGUGGAUGCACUAAAGACGACAAACCUAUUGGACUUUGCCUUCUGAUUGAUAUAAGAACUCAGUCAGUUGAAGUUUUGCCUUCUGGGAAACCUCGAUAUUUUGCAAAUCCAGUUUACUUUGAGAAUUUUGUUUAUAUAUUUGGAGGAAAAUCCUCAAAUAAAUCCCUAGCUGAUAGUGAUAAGUUUAGCUUGAGAAAAAAUAAAUGAAAAAGCAUUGCUGACUUACCUUGCCGAGCUUACCAAACAUCAGCAAUCGUUUAUAGAAAUCAAAUUCUUCUCUCAGGCCGCAAUCUUGGUAAUAUAUGAAAAUAUGACCCAGUUACAAAUUCUUAUGAAAGCCUUUUUGAAAUUGUCAAAGAGCAAUGGAAAUUCUUUUUUAUUUAUAAAAAGCAAUGCUAUAUAGUGACAAGUGAACGCUUAUGUUUUUCUUCUGAAGUCGAUGAUUGGAAAACCUGAAAUUAUUUUGGAACGGUUAGGAGCCUAAAAUGGCCUGUAUCGAAUGUUUGUUUAUAUCAGGAUAACUUUAUAUUUUUUGACCAGAAUUCAGAUAUCUGUGAAUUUGACAUUCAGAAAUAUGCAUUUGUUCUUAGAGCGAAAUUUUCUAUAGAUCCACAAAGUAACGAUAAUUUAAAUCAAACUAAUGAAUCUAGAAAUAAUAAAAAAUAA